AUGAAUUCUUCUUCUAAAUCUUCCACCUUUUCUUCUUCUUCUUCUUCUUCUAAAAAUGCUUUCGAUAUUGGAAAUCAUUUAAUUAAAAUGAUUAAAAUUGACCCUAAAUUAAGCAAUAACAGUGGUUCAGUCUGUUUUCCUCCAAAGCCACUUUUAAUUGGGACACCAACAGAAUCAGGAAUUUUUCCAGUACUUAUACUCCUUCAUGGUUAUCUUCUUUAUAACUCUUUUUAUUCUCAGCUAAUUCAACAUAUUUCUUCACAUGGGUUCAUUGUUGUUGCACCCCAGUUAUACAGUGUGACAGGACCGGAUGCAAACGAAGAAAUCAAGAUCACUGCUGAUAUAACGAAUUGGUUAUCAGAAGGACUGUGCCAUUUUCUUCCAACUCAUGUUCGACCAGACUUGACAAAGCUGGGACUUGCUGGACACAGUCGAGGAGGAAAAGUCGCUUUCGCUCUAGCUCUAAGAAAGCAAGUGACUUCUUUGAAAUUUUCAGCCUUGAUAGGCAUUGAUCCUGUUGAUGGAAUGGACAAGGGAAAACAAACACCUCCUCCAGUUCUAAAUUACGUCCCCCGUUCCUUCGAUCUUGAUAUGGCAGUAAUGGUUAUAGGUUCGGGAUUGGGAGAAAUGAAAAAAAAUCUUCUUUUCCCUCCUUGUGCUCCUAUAGGAGUGAAUCAUCAAGACUUCUUUAAUGAAUGUCAAAAAUUGGCUUUCUAUUUUGUUGUGAAGGAUUAUGGACAUCUUGAUAUGCUGGACGAUGAGACGAAAGGGAUUCGAGGGAAGUCAACACAUUGUUUGUGCAAGAAUGGGGAUUCAAGAGAGCCGAUGAGGAGAUUUGUUGGGGGAAUUGUGAUUGCUUUCUUGAAAGCUUAUUUGGAAGACAAUUCAAGGGAGUUGAUGGCUAUUAGAGAUGGAAAUGAGAAACUUCCUGUUGAGCUCCAAAAAUCUGAAUUUCUAAUUUAG